AUGCUCACCCUAUAUGUGAAUACUUCCAACAAGGUCGCUAUACCAAACCUACAAAUCGGAGAACCCCUCUUCUCUCACCGACGAAACCCGGUCAAUCAAAUCGAAUUCUGGGCGUUUACUCAAUUGUUUGUUGAUUGGAGGUCUGUUUUCGCAAACAACCACAAUACAUACGUAUAUAGAGCGAACAGAGCUGGGUGGUUAGCUGACCGGUACCCUCGAUCAAUAGCGGACGUCGUGGAGGACGAAGCAUGCCAGGGUAAUGGGGUUGAAUUGUUAAAGCCGAACCCUAACAACAUCGAGUUUGAUAAUUUGUACUUGGAUAUGAAUGGGAUUAUUCAUCCAUGUUUUCACCCCGAAGGAAAGCCUGCUCCAGCUACGUAUGAUGAUGUAUUCAAGUCAAUAUUUGACUACAUUGAUCAUCUCUUCUCAUUGGUGCGUCCAAGAAAGAUUCUUUAUAUGGCAAUAGAUGGUGUGGCCCCGAGAGCCAAAAUGAAUCAACAGAGGUCUCGUCGAUUUAGGGCUGCUAAAGAUGCUGCUGAAGCAGAAGCUGAAGAGGAGAGAUUGAGAAUUGAGUUUGAAGCUCAAGGAGCUGCACUUUCUCCUAAAGAGAAGCUUGAAACAUGUGAUUCCAAUGUCAUAACACCUGGCACUCAGUUUAUGUCUGUGCUUUCUGUUGCCCUUCAGUAUUUUAUACAAUGUAGAUUAAACCACAAUCCUGGUUGGCAGUAUACAAAGGUGAUUCUUUCUGAUUCAAAUGUUCCUGGUGAGGGAGAACACAAAGUAAUGUCAUUUAUUCGGUUACAAAGAAAUAUUCCUGGUUUCAAUCCAAACACACGUCAUUGUCUCUAUGGACUGGAUGCAGAUCUUAUUAUGCUUGCUCUAGCCACUCAUGAGGUUCACUUUUCAAUAUUGAGGGAGGUGAUCACACUCCCUGGGCAGCAGGAGAAAUGUUUCCAAUGUGGGCAAAUUGGUCAUUUGGCAGCUGAGUGUCGUGGGUCUGUAGGCAACCAUGUUGAUGCAAAUGGAAAGCCUGUAAAUGAUAUUCCAAUUCACAAGAAAAAAUAUCAGUUCCUCAACAUUUGGGUGUUAAGAGAAUAUCUGCAAUAUGAUUUAGAGAUUCCAAAUCCUCCUUUUGAAGUCAACCUUGAAAGAUUGGUGGAUGAUUUUGUAUUUCUUUGCUUUUUUGUUGGCAAUGACUUUCUUCCCCAUAUGCCAACUUUAGAGAUUCGAGAGGGUGCUAUAAGUCUGUUGAUGCAAGUUUAUAGAAGGGAGUUUGUUACAAUGGGUGGUUAUCUUACUGACUCUGGUGAGGUCUUGCUGGACAGAGUUGAGCAGUUUAUUCAAGCAGUUGCAAUUCACGAAGACCAAAUAUUUCAAAAGCGGGCCCGCAUACAAAAGUCAUAUGAGAACAAUGAAGAGAUGAGGCGUAAAGCAAGACAAGAAGUUGUUGAAGAGCCUGUGACUCCAGUAGUUGACAAGAUCAAAUUAGGGGAACCUGGGUACAAGGAAAGGUAUUAUAAGGAGAAGUUAAAUUUAACAGAUCCAAAGGAGAUUGAAGAGGUUAAAAGGAAAAUGGUAUUGCAUUAUGUUGAAGGAUUAUGUUGGGUUGCUCGUUAUUACUAUCAAGGCGUAUGUUCUUGGCAAUGGUAUUAUCCGUAUCAUUAUGCCCCAUUUGCAUCUGAUCUUAAAGAUUUAGCUGAUUUGGAAAUAACUUUUUUUCUUGGAGAGCCAUUUAAACCUUUUGAUCAGCUCAUGGGAACCCUACCAGCUGCAAGUUCAAAUGCUCUCCCUGACAACUACAGAAAACUCAUGACUGAUCCCUCAUCACCUAUAAUUGAGUUCUACCCUUUUGAUUUUGACAUUGACAUGAAUGGAAAGCGAUUUUCAUGGCAGGGGGUAGCGAAAUUGCCAUUUAUUGACGAAAAGAAGCUACUCACUGAAACAAGAAGACUUGAGGACACUUUAACAGAAGAAGAGCAAGCACGAAAUAGUAUUUGUUCUGAUUUAUUAUAUGUAUCUCCACGUAACCCCCUGGCCCCACAAAUUAUUGCAUACUAUAAUUUUUUCAGUCAAGUACACCCAACUCAAAGAUGCCUGUGGCCAAUUGAUGUAUAUGCUAGUGGUGGAAUGAAUGGUUACUUGUGGUUGUGUGAGAGAAAUGGUUUCAGAAUGGUGCUUCCUUCCCCAAUUAAUGGCUUAGGCGAUAUAGUCAAUAACCAUGUCAUAAAUGCGACGUAUAUAAAUCCAGCACCUCAUAAACAUAUUCCAGAACCUCCUAAAGGUGUAGCCAUGCCAAAGAAGAUUUUGAAACCUGUUGAUAUAAAACCGUUGCCUAUUUUAUGGCAUGAAGAUAAUAGUGGACGUCGAGGGCAAGGCAGUUAUAAUAGGCCGCAAGUACCAGGGGCAAUACAUGGAAACAUGUUGGGCGAAGCUGCACAUCGUCUCUUGAAAAACUCGCUGAAUAUAAGAUCCAGUGGUCCGUCUUCCGGGUACUACGAGCAGUCAAAUUACCGAAAUACCCCUGGCAGCAACAAUUUUCAACAUAGACCAAGACCAGCCGGUCCUUCUGGGCAUGGAAGAAACCCUAACGAAGAUCAAUUUUUUUACCAAAAUUACCCCUCAAAUCCUAGGGCUUCAAUGCCUAGGCCCAAAUUCGGUUUCUCCAGACCACAAGGGAAUAAUAAUAAUAAUAAUAAUAAUAGUAAUUACACAUAUCAAGAACAAUACCAAGAUUUAAGUAAUGGGAUGGCUGGUUUAUCAAUGAAUAAUAAUGGAAUCAGAAACAGACAGUAUCCGGUUAGGGGGGCGGCGGCACCACCACAGAGCUCCGGCAACCUCCCGACCCCGCCGUCUACUUGGAUCAGUAGACCGUCUUCUUCAGCUGCCAUGGGAGGGGAUGGAAAUGGAAAUGGAAAUGAGAAAGAUGUAAAGAAGGUUUAUCAAAUCAAGAGUAGGGUUCCACUUUCACAGGAGGAAUCUGUUUCUGGUAAUAAUGGAGGAAUAUAA